UGGUUUUGUACAAAAAUACUUUUGAACGUUAAAAAUUUAAUUUUUUUACUUUUUUCGUUUUGCAUAUAUAUAUACGUUCGUUUUCACUAUAUGAAAAAGAGAAAAUAUGUUUUUCUUCUCUCUUCCCAUAUGAUAUCACACGUUCUUUUUCUAACGUGUAUCCAUAUAUGAACAUUUAGUCAAGUUUUAUAUUUUGUGAUUUGAGUGAGAAGAGGCGUCUCCAAGAACAUAUAAUCUUUUAGUAUCCACAAAAUUUUAAGCCCUAUCCAAAUUUGAAUGUCUUAUAUUUCGAAAACACGCACAAUCCGAGAUAGACGAGCUUUUAGAAAAAUUUAAUUACGAUAAAAACUCCUUUUUUAACUUAAUUAACAAACACUAAAUUCUAAUUAGAUAGAGCACAUAAAACUGCACAUGUAGAAGUAACAAAAUUUUUGGACUUUUCUCGAAUCCUCUUCGUUACUUUUUCGUUGUUGAAGGAAAAUUCAACUGCAAAUUACUACACGUUAGAAAAAGAACGUGUGAUAUCACAUGAGAAGAGAGAAGAAAAACAUAUUUUCUCUUUUUCAUAUAGUGAAAACGAACGUAUAUAUAUGCAAAACGAAAAAAGUAAAAAAAUUAAAUUUUUAACGUUCAAAAGUAUUUUUGUACAAAACCAAUAUGAUAUUCAGAAUCUAUGAAAAACUCUGUAUCGAAUGAUAUAUAGUUCGAUAUGGUUUGAAAACAAACAUUUUCUCCCAAUUUUUAGGAAAACGUGAACCAUGCUGCCUCUAAUUGCUUUGUAAAUUAUCCGAAAAAACGAUGCAAGGGGAACUCCAAACUUUGCCGAGGAUUAUUUUUUGCCAUGGGGAAUCCGAUUUUCAUAAUUUAAAGUUUUAACUUCAUCCUUUUCAUGACGUCACUAAUCAAGUCAAUAAUUCAUGUGCCAUGGAAUAAUUCCGACGAUGUUGCUGUGUCUAACGUCUUCGACUGCAGCGUCAAUAGUCGUCAUAACUAUACAACAAACUGAGCAUAUGCAUGAUAAGAUUUAAAAUCAUCUUUUUUCUUUAGUUUCUGUAUACACUUAUUGAUUCUAUUAACACUGGAAGUCAUGUAUUUCCAUAAAUAUUGUAAUCAGAAGUUACCUUACAGUGAUAUGAUCGUUUAGUCUUUCCAUUCUUCUAUAAAAUCAUUAGAUGCUAAGUGGUCUAAUACAUAAACAAUCAUCUGUCAAGUGUAGCUGAGCAGUUAAAUAUAGACCUUCCAAAUGACAUAUUCAAGAGUAUUAUAGGACCUUUAGUAGCUGAGGUGAUGGACAAAAAUCAGGCGAAACAUUUGUAAAAGCAGUAGAGUGUUUCUGACUUCACCUCGUUCUAAUGUUUUCCGAUAUAUGCAAUUUGAGCAAUUUUUACUAACGCGAUGUUUCAUGGUAGCCAGAUAGUAUACUUUUCAAGUCAUUGAUACAAGAUACAUAUAAAGAUCUCUUCUAAAAAGGAAAAUAAAGAAUAAUUAAACUCUUUCUGUCAUUUGUGAUGUGAGGCAUAAAUGACCCGUCGUUAUCACUUUUGUUAUAGGAAAUCAAAAGUAGUAAUUCCGUUGGAUCAAGUUUAUCUUCCCGUCGUUCAUUAAAAAAUAGACACGUACCAUCACGAACAAAAUCUGCCGACGAUUUAUGUCAGCGAAAUUUCCACAAACUUCUUGACUGUAAGAACACGUAAGUCUAAUGUGAUUUAAUUCAAUAUCACCUACAUAUUUCAGCAUCUCAUUCACCGGUUAGUCAACGUCGUUCAAAACGUGUUGUUCGUUCACGGUCGACAAAUCAGCGUCCUUCUCGUACAUCAACAUCGACAUCAGACGAGUGCGAAUCAAUUUAUUCGACACGUUUCGACCGUCUGUCAAAAACAUUAAUAAGAAAUCAACAUAACGAAAAUACACCACCCGAUCGUCAUCCGCAGAAAAGUUCAAAGCCAAAACACCAUUCAUUUUACAUUACUCAUCGUCAUCACACCGAUACAUCAAGUAUGAAAGAUUCUGGUUAUUCUGAUAGUCAAACGAGUAUUCAGAAUCUGAAACGAAAAAGUCCAAAUGAUCCGUCAUAUUACAUGUAUAAUGUCAAUCCACAAGUUGAAGCAGCCACACUAGGUUCAUUACCCACUUGCCCUUGUUCUUGUCAGCAACAACAUUGCUGUUGUUGUUGUCAAUGUCAUUCUAAUACACUAAACCAUGUAGAAAAACAAAGUAUUUCUUCGCUUAACAAUCGUAAUAGAACACGACAAAAGUCAUCCGUACGCAAUCAGACGUGUUUGCCAAUGACUGAAAAUCAUCUAACAGCACCAUUAUCAUUUGAUAUAGGAUCAGACGGGAAGGUAAAUGAUCUUAAGAAUCUUUGUAAGCAUUCGCUUACACUUAUGCCUUCAAAACAAUUAUCGUCUUCGUCUUCUUAUUCAUCAUCACCACCAUUACCAAAAUUUGAAUCUUAUGAUAAUCACUUCUCGAUAUCACCAAACAAUGUGUACUGCACUUCAUCAUCGAAAAAUGAUAACUAUCAACGCCAGAUAAAGCAAAAUAUAACGGCCUUUGAACAUUUAUCGACCAGCCGCUCAUAUCCACAUAUUAAACCAUUACCUAAAACACUAUCAUCUAAAGAGAAUUCAAUCAAUUUUGAAAAUCAUCGACGUCGUAAACGCCAUUUAUCAUGCGAUAGUUCAGUAUGGCAUCCACAUAAACAUCGACAACAAUCAUUAUCAACAGAACUAUUGUCAUCAUACAAAUCGAGAACGUCUGGUCGUUGUCAUAAACCAUUACAACGUCAUCUAACAACAGUUGGAACAGUUGCUGAUAAUAAUCAAUCAUCGUUCACAAAAUAUGAAAAAGGUCUAUCGAAUGUUGAUGUUUUUGGUGAACUUAAUUUGGCUGCUAUUGAACUUGAUUCAUUGCGAACCAUUGAUCAAAGUGAUGUUGAUGAUGAUAAUAACAACGUCAGCAACCAUAGUCUUAUUUCAUCAUCCGUACCUUUUCCUAAAUCGAGCGCAUCUCAGCGAACAUUUCUUGUUUGGAAUAAUUACAGCACUCAACAAUUUUCCGUUUGUCGUGGCGAUCAAGUGAAAUUAUUGAAAAAAGUUGGUAAAGACACAUUAUUUGUACAAAAAGACGCUACAAAUGAAAUAGGCUUUAUACCAAAAAAUUGUUUGGCACAUGAAAUCAAUACAUUUUUAAAUGUGAAAGGAUUAAAAGAAACUAUUCUGUGA